GGACAACAUUUACGAGAACCUGAUAAUGUGAUCCUCUGGUCAGAUCCCACGCGAAAGCCACGAGCACCGCCUCGCUCUCUGCACUCUGCUGCUGCCGACCCAUGGCUCACUGCUGACUUCCCCAUGACCCCAAAUACCAUUUCGCGAUCCAUCUCCCCCCCGCCGCCACCACCCCACCCCACCUCACUCCGCACCGCCUGCUGCCGCUGCCGCUCCACCGCCCAGCUCCCAUCCCCACCGCCGCAUCGCCUUCCCGAUGUCCACCCCGUCCGCGCCGCCGCCCUGCCCGCACCUGGCCGCGCACCGCCUGACCUCGCGCCCGCUCCGCUUCCUCCGCCGCUGCCUGCGCGUGCGCCCGCUCGGCCGGCCCGAGAUCCGCCGCGACGCGCGCGAGGUGCCCCGCUGCUCCCCUUGCGCGUCCUCCACCUCCCCGUCCCCGUCCCCGCCCCGCCUCUACGCCUGCCUCUCCUGCGCCGCCGUCUUCUGCGCCUCCCACGCCGCCUCCCACGCCGCUACGCCCCCCUCCCCGGGCCACCAGAUCGCCGUCGACGUCGACCGCGCCGAGCUCUUCUGCGCCGCCUGCGGGGACCAGGUCUACGACUCCGACUUCGACCACGCCGUCGUCCUCGCCCAGUCCUCCACCCUCUGCCCCGCCUCCACCUCCUCCGCCUCCGCCCCCUCGCCCCGCAAGCGCCGCCGCGUCGACUACCGCGCCUGGGCGCCAGAUCCGGCCGAAUCCGCGCUCAUGAGCUCCGCCGAUCCCGCCACCUCCGCCCGCGCCGCCGCCGCCGCCGCGCCGCCGGGGCUCCGCGGGCUCAACAACCUCGGCAACACCUGCUUCAUGAACUCCGUGCUCCAGGCGCUCCUCCACGCGCCGCCGCUCCGGAACUACUUCCUCGGCGAUCGCCACAAUCGCUUCCUCUGCCCGCGCCGCACGCCCAUGAGGCACCGCGCGGCCGGUGCCGACGCCAAGGCCGCCUGCCUCGCCUGCGAUCUCGACGAGAUCUACUCCGCCACCUUCUCCGGGGAGCGCACGCCCUACAGCCCGGCCAAGUUCCUCUAUAGCUGGUGGCAGCAUGCAUCAAACCUCGCAAGCUACGAGCAACAGGAUGCACAUGAAUUUUUUAUCUCCAUCCUUGACCAUAUUCAUGAAAAUAUAAAGGAUGAACAGCACAAAUCACAUGAACAAGGCCAUGGAGACUGUUGUAUUGCACACCGGGUCUUUUCUGGUAUCCUGAGAUCUGAUGUCAUCUGCACAAAUUGUGGGUUCUCAUCCACGACUUUUGAACCUUGCGUGGACAUCUCGUUAGACUUGGAUGCUGGGUCUAACAAUUCUCUUGCAAACCCAAAGUUGCAUGCACGCAAUGGUGAGAGGAACUUAGCUGGCACAAAUUCUAAGGUAUCAACACUCAUGAGAUGUUUGGAGCGGUUUACCAGAGCUGAGAGGCUAGAUGCUGAACAGAAGUUCUUCUGUGAACGUUGCAAAGAGAGGCAGGAGUCCCUGAAGCAAAUGUCCAUUCGGAGGCUUCCAUUAGUUUCCUGCUUUCACAUUAAGAGAUUUGAGCAUUCCUCAGUUAAGAAGAUGUCAAGAAAGGUUGAUCACUCAUUGCAGUUCCCUUUUUCUCUUGACAUGGCACCUUACCUGUCAUCCUCUGUUCUCAGAAGUAGAUAUGGGAACCGCAUAUUUCCAUCUGAAGCCAGUGAUUCAGAUGCAGUUUCUGAAUUGUCAUCAGAAUUCGAAAUAUUCGCGGUGAUCACACAUAGUGGUAAACUAGAUGCUGGCCACUACGUGACAUAUCUCAGGUUAAACAAUCUCUGGUACAGAUGUGAUGAUGCAUGGGUAACCAGAGUUGAGGAGCAUACUGUCAGAACUUCUCAGGCUUAUAUGCUCUUCUAUGUGCAGAAGACGCUUUACUAUAAAGCUUGUGAAAGAGCUGGUGCAGUCUGAUUUGGAACAAGCAUCGUGGGCCUUUUCUGCACCAGCAGGAAAUACAGUCAUCAGCGUAUACAACAUAGUUUCACCUGGAGAGAAAUGUCUGGCGUUUUCAUAUCCCAGCCAGCAAGGCAGACGGUCAAAGUUUUGUGUUCUCAUUGACCUGAUUGUAUCAGAGGUUUGAUUUGGCGAUUUUUCAACAGCCAGACACCCUAAAGGAAGAUGGACGGAUGCCUGAAAUUAUGCGUUGUAUUAUCUUGUUAUCCUCUGAUUAAUGAGUUUCUUUGGGGGUGUUUUUCAUUAAACUGAAAUCAGUUCAUUAAUUUGUACCAUUGGUGGUUGGUGGUGAGGGUGCUCUGGCCAAUUGUACUGGAAACCAGAUUGGUUUGAGCGAGCAAAGAAUUGGAAUAUGUAGAAGUGAGACAAAAGGGAACCUAAUUUUUGAUGUGUUCCUUUCAGUAACUGAAUGCCAUCUCUACUGAAGGUAGAGUUUCUUCCUGAUACCUGUAGAUCAUUCUGCCUUAAUCAUGUUCCCUUGAAUUUACUCGUUCUUGCUUCUACUCUGUACUUCAUAGAUGAGCUUAACAGAUGAGAUCAUUUUUGCCCAUCUUGUUUUGCUCUGCCUUUUUUUUUCUUUCAACUGUACAUAUUCAUGUUUGCUUGUAGCAUGUGGAUCGUUCUCCCUUUCUGAACUGUACUGUCAUAUUGAUGCUUAUUCUCCCA